UGCCCUGAGCGUGCUUCGGAGUCCUGAAGUCGUGCAGCGUGCGCGACGGUAGUGACGCGUUUUACCGGGAGCAUGGCGGAUACCGGCUUGCGCCGCGUGGUUCCAAGCGACCUUUAUCCCCUCGUGCUCGGCUUUCUGCGUGAUAACCAACUCUCGGAGGUGGCCAACAAGUUUGCAAAAGCGACAGGCGCCACGCAGCAGGAUGCCAAUGCCUCUUCCCUGUUGGACAUCUAUAGCUUCUGGCUCAAGUCCACCAAAGCCCCGAAGCGGAAGUUACAGUCAAAUGGACCAGUGACCAAGAAGGCAAAGAAGGAGACUUCCUCCAGUGACAGCAGUGAGGAUAGCAGUGAGGAAGAGGAAAAAGCCCCAGGACUUCCGGCAAAGAAGGCUGCUGUACCUGCUAAGCGAACCAGUUUGCCUCAGCAUACUGGGAAGGCAGUAGCCAAAGCCUCAGAGAGCAGCAGUAGUGAAGAAUCCAGUGAUGAGGAGGAGGAAGAGGACAACAAAAAGAAAAAGCCUGUCCAGCAAAAGGCAGUUAAGCCCCAAGCCAAGGCAGUCAGAGCUCCUCCUAAGAAAGCCGAGAGUUCUGAAUCUGAGUCUGACUCAAGCUCUGAGGAUGAAGCACCACAGACCACGAAGCUAAAGACAGCUGCAGCAGCCAAAGCUCAGCCUAAAGCCGCAGCUAAACCAGGUACACCAGCUAGAGCACAACCUAAAGUAGCCAAUGGCAAAGCAGCCAGCAGCAGCAGCAGCAGCAGCAGCAGCAGUGAUGACUCUGAGGAGGAGGAGGAGAAGCCAACUGCACCCCCCAAGAAGAUGCAGACUAUACCUAAAAAGCAAGUUGUGGCCAAGGCACCAGUGAAAGUAGCUGCCACCCCUACCCAAAAGAGUUCUAGCAGUGAGGAGUCUUCUAGUGAAGAGGAAGAACAGAAAAAACCCACGAAGAAAAAACCAGGUCCCUACAGUUCAGUCCCACCGCCUUCUGUUUCUUUGCCAAAGAAGUCCUUGGGAACCCAGUCUCCAAAGAAAGCUGCUGUGCAGAAACAGCCUGCAGGGAGCAGUGGGGACAGCAGUGACGAGUCUGAUUCAAGUUCUGAGGAAGAAGAGAAGAAAGCUCCAGCUAAAGCAGUUCUCUCCAAGACACCCGCCAAACCAGCUCCUGCCAAACCAGCUCCAGCCAAGAAGAAAGAGAGCUCUUCAGACAGCUCAGAUUCUGAUAGUUCUGAGGAUGAAGCUCCUGCCAAGCCAGUCAGUACCCCCAAGAAUCCUGUAAGCAAGGCAGCUGUCACUCCCAAGCCAUCUGCUGCUAAGACAGCUGUAACUCCUAAGCAACCAGUAGGCAGUGGCCAGAAACCUCAGACCAGAAAGGCUGACAGCAGCUCCAGCGAGGAGGAGAGCAGCUCCAGUGAGGAGGAGACAGCAAAGAAAACUGUGACAACCCCCAAGCCCAAGGUGACUGCUAAAGCAGCACCAUCUCUGCCUGCCAAACAGGCUCCUCAGGCUGGGGACAGCAGCUCCGACUCAGACAGUUCCAGCAGUGAUGAAGAGGAGAAGACACCUAAGCCUCCAGCCAAGACGAAGGCAGUGGGAGGGAGAACCCCUUCCAAACCGGCCUCUGUGAAGAAAGCAGCCGCCGCCCAGAGCAGCAGCUCCUCCGAAAGUUCCAGUGACGAGGAUGAGAAGCCCAAGGGCAAGGGCACUGCUAAACCACAGGCCAGCAAGGCCAAUGGCACUCCAGCUUCUCAGAAUGGAAAGGCAGGCAAGGAAAGUGAGGAGGACGAGGAGGAAGAAGAGACGAAAAUGGCAGUUUCCAAGCCAGGAAAGAAACAGAAGCGGAAUGAGACAGCAGAGGAAGCAGGGACGCCUCAAGCUAAGAAAGUUAAGCUCCAGACUCCCAACACAUUUCCAAAAAGGAAGAAAGCAGAAAAAAGGGCAUCUUCCCCAUUCCGAAGGGUCAGGGAGGAGGAGAUUGAGGUGGAUGCACGCGUAGCAGACAAUUCCUUUGAUGCCAAGCGAGGUGCAGCUGGAGACUGGGGUGAGAGAGCCAAUCAGGUUCUGAAGUUCACCAAAGGCAAGUCCUUCCGCCAUGAAAAAACGAAGAAGAAGCGAGGCAGCUACCGGGGAGGCUCCAUCUCUGUCCAGGUCAAUUCUGUCAAGUUUGACAGCGAGUGACCUGUGGUCAUCUUAGCGAAGGAAGGGUGAUGAUGGAAGGCUGGCCAGUCACCUCCAAUGGACCCAGAAACUCAGUGUUGUUAGGAGAGGGUCUUGCAAGGGUAGAUUUGAGCAGGUCCUGAGACUGUCUGUCAUUACAGUCUCCAGUCCUUUUAUGUUCUUCCUUUUGUACAGGUUCGUUUGUUGUCAUUGCCUUCCUGUUCUGUGGGUCUUCAUACUGAGAAGUUUGUAUAUUUUAUAUUAAAUGAUUUCGUAUAGAUUGUUGUGAUUUUCAGAGAUGAAUUCCACAGAUUAAAGACCUAGCUAUUGCCCAAGACGUAGCAGAAUGUCAUGUGGUCAGAGUUUUUCCCGUUGGAGGAGUCUUCUCGUGAGUGCUCACAUCCACAUUUUACCCCCUUUACUCAACCAUGGUGGGUUAACAGUUGUGGGAUUUGUCUUGUAAGCAUGCUCUGUGUUCAUCCCAAGUUCUCAGCAGCCAGCAUGGUCUACCAACUUUUGGGGAUAAAAUUGCUGUUCUUGGAAUAUAACAACCUAUAAAAUUGACAGGCAGCAGCUGGGCGGUGGUGGCACAGGCCUUUAAUCCCAGCAUUUGGGCAGAAGCAGUCGGAUCUCUGGGUUCCAGGACAGCCGGGGCUGCACAGACAGAAACCCUGUGCUGGUGGUAAAAUGACAGGCAGAGUUCUCUGUGGUGAGAAUGUAACUGCCUUGAGUAUUUUGUUUCUAGUAAUUAUUACUAUUACAUGUUUACCGUACACCUUAGUUUUAAUUUCCAAGCAGGCUUUUCUGACAUUGAAAGGCAUUUUCAACAACUUGACCCUUAGUGCUGUGUAUACUAAAUUCCUAUGUAUAUUAAAUUCAUGACUGUAUUUGUUUAUAACAUCAUCAAGAACUGAAUGACUUAAUGCUUAGUUACUUCUGUCUUGGUAACAGUGGUGACACAAAAUUGGUGUGAAUAAUUCCUGCAUGGUUGAAAAUCACCUGACAAGGAAAUGAUUAAUUAAAAUCCUCAGCCCUCAAUGUGAAGUAGGUUACAGUAGGUACAUGACAGAAACCCUGUGGUGAGGAAUGGCAAGAACAUUGUAGAGACAGGCUUGAGAACAUCUGAGGAUCUGAACACAGGCUCGUUUUUGUCUUGAAUGGUACAUGGGGGUGAUUAUGUCUUGUUUAAGUUGGUCCUCUGGACUAAUUGUUAGUACCUUAUUAUGGAGUUACUGAUGGAGGCAUAUCUAGGGAAUAGUGUGCCUGCCUAGCACUCAUGACCCUCGUCUGAUCCCUAGCACUUCAAUAAAUAGGUAAAUAAAUAAAUGAGCAGAGAUUCCUGGGCCAAGGGAGUAGAAUAUAAAGACAUGGGAUGUGACCAUUGACAGAGCUCAGCCAGAGUGAGGAGAGUGAAGAGCACCAGGCUGAGAACAGACACCAGGUUCCACGGAUGACAUACCUGAUGACUUGUUAAAAGCUGGCGUUCUGUGGCAGCUCCUCAAGGAAGAAAAUGUGCGGAUGUCUGCAUGGUCAGAGCUCUACGUCUUACUGAGAACAAUAAACUGGAUGGUUUAUAAUGUG